AUGGCGCUGUCAGUAAUGGUGGUAGGGAUUUGUCUGUUCACUACAGCACACACAUCAGAUAAUGGCCCUGAAGAGUUCGUGCUUGGUUUUAUGUACAACCCGCCUGCUUCAGAGUCGGACGGUCCCUUAGAAGUUUACGUGACGUCUAGGUCGACAUCUGACAUUAGAGGCAAUGUGUCCUACUCUACAGUGUACCAAACCUUUAUCCUUUAUCCUUUAACGAGCUUACGCAUUGACAUAAGUGUGUUACUAGUCAUGAUGCAAAAAUACCAAUCGAGAGGCCAGAAGGGUGUCGUUGUAAACACUGAUAGGAAGGAUGUGAACGUUGUUUGUCUGACGAAACAGAACGGUUCAUCGGAUGGAUUCAUGUCCAUUCCUACCAGCAAUCUGGGUCAGGUCUACCGCGCAUGCGUAUAUUUUCCCUUUUCAAGAAAAUCCCAGAUAGCUGUGAUCGGAGUUAAAAACAAUACAUCUGUUGUAAUUACACUUUCUGCCAAUGCAAACGCUUCUGGCGCUCAAUUUGGGCCCUUGGUUUACAAUCCCGGCGAUUCUAUUAGCGCAACGAUAAAUAGACUUGAGGUCAUCGCGGUGCAGAGCACAGGUGACCUUUCGGGGUCACGCGUGACAGCUGACCAAAAAGUCGUUUUCUACAGUGGAAACAGCAAUACCGAAGUGAAUGGCGCAGGGCCUGGUCACCUUGUGGAACAACUGGUCCCGGUAAAUCAGUGGGGGACGAAGUUCAUUGUUCCCUCUACCUUACCGAACGGAACAGUAACAGUGAAAGUGAUAUCGGACACGACUUGUCCGACAGCAGUAAUCGCUAAAAUUUGUACGCAUUUCUUCGCGGCUUCAUAUGAAUAUUUUGUCCUAAAAUCUAUCUUAACUUUUGAAAUACAAUAUCAAUACAACUGCUUCUUUAGCUCGGAUGAACCGGUGAUGAUGGUGAUGUAUGUUGCGAUGAGCAACACCACGAAGGACCCCACCAUGACAAUUAUACCUGACGUCGAACAUUUUGAUGAUACCUACGCGUUCGAAGCUCCGCCAACAAAACGGAACAGUCCAGCUUUAGAGAUUGUUCUUGUGUUGGUUGUGAAAGAGGAACAUAAAGACAGCUUAUUGCUGUCUGGUAACAGCUUCUCAGACAGUUUAACAUUUGACAGUGUCCUUGACACUAGUUUCGUUGUCGGGAUUACUACUAUAUCCACCGGUUACCAUACCCUACAGGCCAGUGGCGACUUUCUGGCUAUUAUCUUUGGUAUUGAUGUUGGCGAGAGUUACAGUUUCCCUCUCGGUCUUGCCGAUGUCGACUACAAUUCCGGGCUGUUCAGAGUUGCCACCGACAACUUUUCUACCAGUAACCGGAGAUUCACUUACUACGACAGACGAUGUCGGAGAAACAUCAUGGACGGGGCAUUCUUCGAGCGACUUGAAUUCAGCAGCUGUUGCUUCUACCGAACCCUCAACCACAUUGAAAGUUACAGACUCAACAAUGAGAGCUACAGCCCAAACCUAUAA